UGAUCCCUCUGGUCCCUCCGCCAGCAGUGUCACGUGCCGGGCCCCGCCUCCUGCACUUUAUUCAGUCUCUCGUAGCUCCGGACUCAUUUGGUCUCUAUAGCAACCCUAGAGCGGAGGUCUCGCGCUGCUCCAUAGCAACCGCCUCAUCCCUGGACCGGUCUCUAUUGGUACUGACCCUUUACUAAUCCGGUAUCCAUAGUGACAGCGCCAUCCCCUGCAUCCGAUGGAGGCCGAGGUCGGAGUCCGGCGGAGACUGCAGGACGCUGGCCAGGAGCAACUGUUGCGGUUCUGGCCCGAGCUGAGCCCAGUUGAGAGGGAGGCUCUGGUCGGGGAGCUCCUGCUCAUGGAGCCCCGGGAGCUGAGGGACCACUGCCGCCGGGCACUGGAGGCCUACAACCAAGAGAGCAGCUCCCCCCAGCGGCUAGACCAGCGCAUGAGGCCCGUACCCCCCGAGUUCUUGGGGAGGGUAAGCCGGAGUGACCCGGGGGAGCUGGGCCGCUGGGAGCAGGAAGGUCUUCAUCAGAUCUCCCAGAACAAGGUGGCUGUACUGCUUCUUGCAGGUGGUCAGGGUACUCGAUUGGGGGUAACUUACCCCAAGGGCAUGUACAACGUGGGGCUGCCGAGCAAGAAAACCUUGUAUCAGAUCCAGGCUGAACGCAUCCUCCGGGUACAGAAACUGGCCGAUGAGAGAUAUUCCACCAAAUGCACCGUGCCGUGGUAUAUCAUGACCAGUGAGUUCACACUCAGCCCCACGCAAAAGUUCUUUGAAGACCACGACUAUUUUGGCCUGGACAGAUCGAACGUGAUCAUGUUUGAGCAGGGGAUGCUUCCAGCCGUGGGGUUUGAUGGAAAGGCCAUCUUAGAACGCAAGGACAAGGUGGCCAUGGCUCCAGACGGGAAUGGUGGCCUAUAUCGAGCUCUGUCUGACAACCAGAUUCUGGAAGACAUGGAGGGACGAGGCAUCUCAUACGUCCAAGUGUACUGCGUGGACAACAUCCUCGUGAAGAUGGCCGAUCCGGUCUUUGUUGGAUUCUGUGUGUCCAGAGGAGCUGAUUGCGGGGCCAAGGUUGUGGAGAAGGCAUAUCCGGCUGAGCCGGUAGGGGUAGUUUGCCAAGUGGACGGGAUUUACCAAGUGGUAGAAUAUAGCGAGAUCAGCCCGGAAACUGCAGAGAAGCGCAAUCCCGAUGGAAGCCUGACUUAUAACGCUGGAAACAUCUGCAAUCAUUUCUUCUCCCUGGACUUCCUCAAGAAUGUGGCCACGACGCUGGAGCCAUGCUUAGGCUACCAUGUCGCCAUUAAGAAGGUCCCGUACGUGGACGAGGAAGGAAACCUGGUCAAGCCUGUGCGGCCAAAUGGAAUAAAGAUGGAGAAGUUUGUUUUUGACGUCUUCCAGUUUGCCAAGAACUUCGUGGCAUUCGAGGUGUUAAGAGAGGAAGAGUUUUCCCCUCUGAAGAAUGCUGACACGGCUGAUAAGGACACCCCGACCACGGCAAGACGCUCCCUUCUCUGGCAGCAUUAUCGCUGGGCACGGAAAGCCGGCACUCGCUUUCUGGAUGAUAAUGGAUGCCGUGUUCCAGAAAACGACAGCAUUUCGGAAAGCGACGACCCCCCGGCUGUGUGCGAGAUUUCUCCUCUGGUGUCCUACUUCGGGGAAGGUCUAGAAAUCUACCUGAAAAACAAGGACAUCUCUACUCCGUUCAUCCUGGACGAGAACACCAAAGAAUGUGAAGCUUAACCGGGUGAAAUAUCGUCGUCUUCUUGCCUUGGAGGAGAGUUUCCAGCAGCUGCUAAUAGCGUACGCCGGACC